CUAGGCUUCCAUCUCGAGGCCUUCAGUUAAAUAUCUGUACAUGCAAUUGCGCUGCUACUUUUCGUUGCUGCAUAAUAUAUAUAUCGCCCUAUAUUUUUACUGCCUCCUACCUCCCAGCGAUUACUAGCGAUUGAUAGCGACUCCCGACGAUACCUCCCCGCCGCGAUGGUUUCCCCUGACACGAAACUAGUCAUCAACCCUAAUGGGUCCCUUCAGAACUACUACGCAUCCCUCGAAUCUAGAAUUGGCUACUGGCUUGUACUAGGUGGCACCCGUCAUUUUGGAUAUUACAAUGCAGGGAAAUACUGGCCGUUCCCCAUCAGCGCCUCGCUGAAGGCAAUGGAGAACCACCUCUACAACACCCUUGGGCUUGGGAAUGGCGCCCAAGUACUAGACGCUGGCUGCGGACACGGAUAUGUCGCGAUAUAUAUGGCAAAGAGGGGGCUACGGGUACAUGGGAUUGAUGUCGUGGAGCGACAUGUGGCCAAGGCACAGCGGAAUGUUAAGGCGGCUGGCCUCGAGAGAGCAGUCUCUGUUCGCAGGAUGGAUUUCCACCACCUUGAUGGCUUUGAGGACGAGUCAUUAGACGGCGCAUAUACCAUGGAGACAUUUGUCCACGCAACGGACCCAGAAACCGCGCUGGCAGCAUUCUACCGGGUCCUGAAGCCAGGGGCAUCGAUUGCAUUCUACGAGUACGACCACAGCAACCUCGAGUCUGCGCCACUUGCGACGCAGCAAGCUUGGGAACGCAUCAACAGAUAUGCGUCAAUGCCUUCAAAUGCGCGAUUUGGUCAGGGAAUUUUACAGAAGUUGUUGGUUGAUGCUGGGUUUGUCGAUGUAGAGGUGAGGGAUCUGACGCCUAAUGUCAUGCCAAUGGUGCGGCUUUUUUUCCUCAUCGCCUACAUCCCAUAUUUAAUAGUUACAUUCCUUGGAAUGCAGACUUGGUUUAUCAACACCGUAAGCGGUGUUGAGGGAUAUCGCUCAAGGAAAUAUGUAAGAUAUGUCUCGAUAUCUGCGAAAAAGCCGGCGGGCAAGUCGAAGAAUGUUAGUGGCGCCCGGGGAAGGAGCGCUGCGCCUUGAGACAUAAUGGCGACCAUGUUAUUAUUUUAUGAUCUAAAAUGCUAUAUAACUAUCUAGCUUCAAUAUAUUGAUAAUUACCCCU